AUGACAGAAAACGCCAGUCAGCAACAGCUCGACAUCAAAGAUGAAUAUGAGCUUUGGAGGAAGAACUGUAAAUACAUGUAUGAGUUCAUCAAUGAGACUGCUCUUACGUGGCCAUCCCUCACUGUCCAAUGGUUACCUACUCUGGAAACAACCGACGUGAUAAACGCCAAAUUGCUUCUUGGAACCCAUACAUCUGGAGAAGCCCAGGACCACUUGAAAGUUGCAUCAACUCAAUUGCCAAUCAAGGGCUCCGAAAAGAAGAUCUCAUCAAAGAUCAAAAUCACACAAAAGGUGGAAUGUUCCAGUGAGGUGAACAGAGCACGUUACAAGCCCCAGAACCCUGAAAUUAUCGCCACUAUCAAUGGAAGUGGUGAGCUUGACUUCUACGACUUGAGCAAGAAUGAAAAAUUCGGUCAUGUGGCUCCUCACACGGAAAACGGUUACGGCUUGUCUUGGAACAGCUUUAAAGACGGCUAUUUGCUUUCCUCGGCCGACGAUCACACAGUCGCCUUGACCAAUGUGUCUGAUAUUGAAAAUAACGGUGGCCUUGUGCACAAGUUCCUGAACCAUAAAGAUAUUGUGAAUGAUGUCAAAUGGCACCAUUUUGACGAAAACCUCUUUGGAUCUGUCUCAGACGACAAGCAGUUGCUACUAUUCGACAUUCGUACGCCUGAGAAGCCAGUGCAGACAUUCUACAACGAAGACUCCAAGGGUAUCAACUCGCUUUCGUUCUCGCCAUUUUCUCGCAAUCUCCUCGCCCUAGGCAACACCAACUCCAAUAUCAAUCUUUUGGAUUUGAGAAAUCUUUCAUCCACCCCACUUCACACCAUGAUGGGCCACGGAGAUGCUAUCACAUGUCUCGAAUUCUCGCCACACAAGGACGGAAUCAUUGCCUCGGGAUCCCAGGACAGAAGAGUGAUUCUCUGGGAUUUGGCCAAAAUCGGCGAGGAACAGACCCAGGAGGAUGCCGAGGACGGAUGCCCUGAAAUUUUCAUGAUGCAUGCUGGUCACACCGGUGGUGUCACGGAUCUCAGCUGGUGUCCAUUCGACGACUGGACGCUUGCCUCAGUGGCAGAUGACAAUAUCGUUCAUUUGUGGGAGGUGAGUCUGUCUUUGAUCAAGGACACUCCAGCUGCUCCAAAGGACAGUGAAUUGGAGUAA